AUGUCAGUCACGCACGCACAAUCCCACACAAAAAUGUUCGCUAAAAUUUUAGCAGUCAGCGCCUUGGUAGCUGUGGCUCGUGCUGGUCACCUAGGGCACGGUGGUUACACUGUGUCGUCUCAGCAUAACUUGGUGCAUCAUGACACGCACUAUGCCGCGGCUCCCAUUGCCUAUGCCCACGCCCCAAUUGUCCACGCUGCCCCCGUCGUCCACGCUGCCCCCGUUGUACACGCCGCCCCCGUUGUUCACGCCAUCGCUGCUCCCGUUGAAGUACAUGGUGGCCACUACAGCCAUGGACACGAGGACUACUAUUCUCACCCCAAAUACAAGUACUCGUACUCCGUGGAAGACCCCCACACUGGCGACCACAAGUCCCAGCACGAGGUCCGUGAUGGUGACGUCGUGAAGGGAGAAUACUCUCUGCUGCAGCCCGAUGGCUCUUUCCGCAAGGUCUCCUACACCGCUGACGACCACAAUGGUUUCAACGCGGUCGUGCACAACUCCGGCCCCAGUCAUCACAUCUACUCAUCCCAGUACCACCAUUACUAGAUCUCCAACAAAUAAGCUUUAAGAGCCACAAUGUACCUUAUUUAUACUCGCUGUGAUCUUCGUGUAUGUUCUUAUGUUUAUAAUUAGUCAUUAAAAAUAACAAACAAAACCAUGACAUUUUCAAUUAUAACUUAAAUUGAUUCUUGCUUAGCUUGCCUGUAUUUUAUAGAACUAAUUUAAAGUUUCCUACGCCUAGGCAACAAAGUCUGAAGAAUUGUAACCUGAUAUUAAGAAAUAGGCUUUCGUAGGAUUUGCAAAUUCUCUGGUCUGUCGAAAGUUAGUCUUGCUGUCGAGUACCUAUCAGGAACUCGAUUGUAAUUAAUUUGCACCCACGUGUUAACUAAGAGAUAGAAGAGAUUAUGC